AAUCAACAGAAGAAUGCUUUCCUAUAGCUUUGGGUUGCAAUUCAUCAGCGAGACUUCUUGUAUCCACAAUAGUGCCAGAUGUUAAUUUUAGCACAAAACUUAAGAAAACAGCACCAAUUCCAGAAAAAAAGGUCAAAUCUGGAGUUCUGCCAUCUGAACAAUAGAGCAGUGAAUGAUGCAUGUCUGACAUUUUGCUUUGGUGCAGGGGGCACAUGUUCAGAAGCAGAGCAUAAGCUCUUCUCUGUGAUAUUCUCCAACUACAAUCAGUACAUACGACCAGUGGAAAAUGUAUCUGAUCCAGUCAUUGUGCAGUUUGAGGUGUCCAUGUCACAGCUGGUCAAAGUGGACGAAGUCAAUCAGAUCAUGGAGACCAAUCUGUGGCUCAGACAUAUUUGGAAUGACUAUAAACUCAAAUGGAACCCCAAAGAUUUUGGAGGCGUUGAGUUUAUCCGAGUACCAUCCAACAGGAUAUGGAAACCAGACAUCGUCUUGUACAACAAUGCAGUGGGAGAUUUCCAGGUUGAUGAUAAAACAAAGGCUCUGCUCCGCUACAAUGGUGAUGUUACUUGGAUUCCUCCUGCAAUAUUCAAGAGUUCCUGCAAGAUUGAUGUCACAUACUUUCCCUUUGACUACCAGAACUGUACAAUGAAGUUUGGAUCCUGGACCUAUGAUAAGGCCAAGAUUGAUCUCGUUCUUAUUGGCUCAACUAUCAACCUCAAGGACUUCUGGGAGAGCGGCGAGUGGAUGAUAAUCGAUGCUCCUGGCUACAAACACGACAUUAAGUACAACUGCUGCGAGGAGAUCUACACAGAUAUCACAUACUCAUUGUACAUCCGCCGUCUGCCUCUUUUCUACACUAUCAACAUGAUCAUCCCCUGCCUCCUCAUCUCCUUCCUCACAGUGCUGGUCUUCUAUCUGCCCUCUGACUGUGGUGAAAAAGUCACUUUGUGCAUCUCUGUGCUGCUGUCCUUGACUGUCUUCCUCCUCGUCAUAACAGAGACCAUCCCUUCUACCUCUCUAGUCAUUCCAUUGAUAGGUGAAUACCUGCUCUUCACCAUGAUUUUUGUCACGCUCUCUAUUGUCAUUACUGUCUUUGUGUUGAAUGUCCACUACCGCACACCAAAGACACACACCAUGCCCUGCUGGGUGCGGAGUGUGUUCCUGGGACUGCUGCCCAGAGUGAUGUUCAUGACCAGACCAGAAAAGGACCCAGAAAACGCAAAUGUGGCUGGCAGUAUUCAAACGAUGCAUUCAAGACCCUGCGCUGUUCAUUCGUCAGGUACUUUGCAAAAGCAUCACAAGCCGCAGGCUCUGCCCUCCAGCGUUGUCUCAAGCCUCACAAACCGGCAGCACCUUUUUAACAACACAGAGCUCUCCAAUCUUAAUAAUUUGAGUGGAGAGUCAAACAAAGGUGCUGGCUCUGGGUUCCUGUGCUGCGAAGGCCGUUGCAACUGCUGCUGGCAAAAGAGAUCCGGCAAACUGCCUUCAGACUCCGGAGGAGGGAGUGGUGGACUGGGCAGCCUGGGGACCCUGACGGGAGGCAGUGCUGUUGGGGUAGGAGGGGACAGUCAGUGCUCCAGCUCAGAGUCUCUGGAUGGAGGAAUUCUAUCCCUUUUACCACUAUCCCCGGAGGUCAGGGAGGCCAUUGAGAGUGUUAAAUACAUAGCAGAAAACAUGAGACUCCAGAAUGAAGCAAAGGAGGUUCAGGAUGACUGGAAGUACGUUGCUAUGGUUAUUGACAGGAUCUUCCUGUGGGUUUUUGUCCUCGUGUGUAUCCUGGGAACAGCUGGCCUCUUCCUGCAGCCGCUGUUACUCGGGGAGGAUAUUUGAACCGUUUCAUAAAAUCAUACUGCAGAGUGCUAAAAUGCACUUUACCAGUUAAAUAAAGCUUCUGGGUAUGGUUCAGAGAAAAUGGAUUCUGAGAAUAUAAAGUCAAGAAGAAAAAAGUGACCAUUGUUUAAUGUUUUCUUUUUUAAAAUACUUUGUUUGUUUGUUGUAAUUGUUUUAAAGACUCCAGAGAAAAGAGAAUAAAGCUGACAAAAACUGAAAAUUGUUUGCUUCCUUUCCACCUGCUCUCCAACCUACCAGAGAAUCAGGUGAUUGGAUCAUUCAGAUGGGAAGCCUCUACCACCAGGAAGCAUUAGUAAGUCAAACUGGACAUGUAGCAUCAGAGGUGUUUGACAGGAUAUGACAGGCGCGAUGUAAGAUAAACUGUGUUUUAGUCUCUUAAAACAACUCUUUGACCUUUUGUAUGUAUCCACUUAAGCUCUACCAGUGUUGUUCAAGUUUAUACAUGUCAGCUGUU